AUGAUUUAUUUAUCAUUAUUCUUUAUUAUUCAGGCUUUUGGCGCAGAUAUUGCUUGCAAUUUGCACGAAUGCCCUCCAGUGAUUGUAACUUCUAACCCCUUUAAUUAUUUUCUUAUAUUUUUUAAUCAAUAUUAUACCCAAAAAACUAUUCCAAAUAAUUAUAAGUCUAAAAGAUUAAGCAGCAAGGUGAUGGUAAUUGCGAUUUAAACUGCAUGAGUCCUUAUUGCAAUUAUGACUCAGGAAGUGUUUUUCAAAGCUUUGAUGAUCGUCUAAAAUCAGAUUGCUAUGAGCCAUGCUAA